AUGGUUGUACUAUUAUAAUAAAAUAGAUAUCUUUUAUUACAGCAGGAUCUUUUUAGAUCUAGAUCCUCAUUCUCAUAUUAUAGUGGAUGCUCAAUUUUUAUUGUAUUUAUUAUUCAUUAUAAUAAAAGUAUUAAUAAAGAUUAUCAACCUUCUGUUAAUAUAGACUCUUAAUCACAAAGUUAUGAGUUAGCAAUUUCACCUUAAAGUUAGAUACCUAACAGUGCAUAACCUGAAUAUUUGUGUACUCUUUCUAUUACUCGUUAACAUAAUAGAAGAACUAUUUGGAUUUAAAUUUAUUAGCAUUUUGGAGGAUUAAUAUCAUUGAAAUUAAGUAUCAUAAAUUGUAAGUAAGAAUGCUCUGGAUGCAUAGACAAUUAUCAUGCAAUUUGUUAAUAAUGGAAACUGCAUUAAUAUUCAUUUAAUUAGAAAAACGUCACAAAUUCCGAUGGAUGGACUUUUUAAUAAGAUUAAAAGUCUUAUUUUGAAUGUAGAAACUGCUAAUUUUUGUAAUUUAAUAAAAUUACAUAUUAAACUUAGCUACCUCCUCAUUAGGAUGUUUUAAUAAGGUUUUUUGUUUUGCCAAAUCACGGCCUAGUUGUAGACUAUAUAUAUGGUAAAACAGCAAUUAGCAAUAGAUAUCAAAUAGAAAUAUUAAUCAAAAAUCAUCCUGAUCCUAUAUUAUAACUGAGUAUUACUAAAAAUGGUUUCUUUUGGAGAUAUAUAAGAGAUUUUGAAGUAUUUUAUACUUAGCCAGAAAAAAUGUUUUAGAAUUUAAAUGAAGGUUGUUUAGAAUAAAUAGAUGAUAAAUGUUUGAUUUGUCAAGAAGGAUGGAUCUUAGAUGAAUUUCAAGAAAAUUGUCAUCCAAUUUGUGGAGAUGGAAUCAUUCAAGGUUAAGAAUAAUGCAAUGGUCUAAUAUCUAAUCAAUCUUGCUAUCAAUGCAAAUAUUCUUGUAUUGAAAAUUGUUAAAUUUGUUAAUUUGGAAUUUGUUUAUAAUGUAUAGACGGAUUUGUUAUUAACGCCAAUUUUAAUUGUGAUCCUUUGUGUGGUGAUGGCAAUUUGAUCCCAUAUUCAGUUGAAUAAUGUGAACUGACUGUUAAUGGUGUAUGGGAUGGUUGCUAUGAUUGUAAAUUUAUUUCAAUUGCUAAUUGUAAAACAAACUAUUUUUAAAUUUGUUUAAAAUGCAUGUUUUCCUUAUUGUGGAGAUAAAUUAGUUCUCUAAUAAUAUGAGGAUUGUGAUGAUGGAAAUUUUGAACCGUAUGAUGGUUGUUAUUAAUGCAAUUUUCAAUGCAUUGAAGAUUGCAAUAUAUGUGAUCAAGGAAAAUGCAUUUUAAAAUGUGGAGAAGGAUACGAGUUUGUUAAUAAUAAUUGUCACUCUGUUUGCGGUGAUUAUUUUGUAACAAAAGAAGAGGAUUGCGAUGAUGGUAAUACUAUAGAAUUCGAUGGUUGCUUUCAAUGUAAGUAUUCUUGCCCAGAAAAUUGUUAUGAUUGUUUUCAGGGUACUUGCUUAGAGUGCAAUGAUCAAUACUAAUUACUAAUUUCAAAUAAAUGCAAAUAAUAAUUAAAUUGUGGAGAUGGAUUGGUUUAGGAAGAAGAGGAUUGCGAUGAUGGUAAUUAUUAUGCAGCUGAUGGAUGCAAGGAUUGUUUAAUUGAAUAAAAUUGGGUUUGCAUCACAAUUACUAAAGAUUCUCCUAGCUAAUGCACAUUUGUCAAAGCUCCAAGCUUAGUUAUUAAUUACCUCAAUAUGACUUAAAAUAAAUAAUAUAUAAGCAUCUAAUUUAACUAGUAAGUAAAAAUAUUCACAAUUUAACCCCUAUCAAAAACUUUAAUUUUUGAAUUAUAAGAUAUAAAUAAGAAGAACUGGAAUAGCAGCUUAUAUAUAGUUUAGGAUUUUGGAUCAUAUUUAAGUUUUGGAGAAUAUAUUUUAGAAAUAGAAGUUUAAUAAUUACUAAAAUUUAGACCACUCUUGAAAAUUUCAGUAAGUCAGAAGGUUGCUAAUAUAGAUAAUGCUAUUUUGGAUGUAUUUGAAAAAUAAAUAACAUUGUAAUAUCCAAAUUAUCUUGACGAAACACAGAAGGAUUAUUCUUAAAGCUUGAAACGUCUUAACAAAUAUUUGAUUUAUAGUUUAUCAGGAAUUAUUAUUAUCAGUCUUUUAUUAGGAAGUGGGGAUUUAUUUGUAGAGAUUUUGGCAAUCCUAUAAUUUUAGCAAUACUUAAGAUAUAUCAAUUUAUAAUUUCCUGAAAAUCUAGAUAUUUAUUUUUCCAUAAAUGACUUAUUAACUGUUCAACCUCUAUUAGAUUUUAUGCAUUUUCCACAAUUGUUACAGUUUAUAAAUAUUGAGUCAGAUUAGGAUUAUUCUGUUGGGAAAUUUAAUGUUUACAAAUAAAACUCAAGCUUGAUCAUCAACAUUUAAUGCCAAAUCUUUUAAAGCUUAAUAUUGUUAUUGCUAAUUUUUUUGUUUAGAUGGGUUAAAAGGGUGUUGUAUAGUUCGAUUUUUUGUUCUAGGUACUUUUACGAUAUGUCAUCAUUAUCAUUAUAUAUAAAUCAAAAAGUUAUUUUGAAAAUUAGUUAAUAUUUUUAUAAAAUUUGCUUAGACUUACUUAAAUUGGAGAAAUUUAUGUCUUUUGAAGGAUUGUAAAAAGCUUUAGUCCUCAAUGGAUGGGAUAUGAUAUUUAAAACACUAUUAUACACACGAAACAUCUAAACCAAAAGUUACUUAGAUAUUGUACAACUCGUUAUAUUAAGCAUAAUACUUCUCCUUUAUUUUAAUAUAUUACUAAGUUUUUUCAAUAGCAAUUAACAAUCAACCAAAAAUCAAAGAUUCUAAAAAAUAAGUUUUGGUAGAUAAUUUUUCUUUUUAAUAUUCUUGAUUUAUGUUUAAAAUUCGCAAAUACUUUAAUUAGGAUUACUCCUCUUAACAAGCUUAAUAUAAACGAUAUUCGUUUAUAACUAUCGUUGUACCUUUAGUUAGAAGUAAUAUGUCGUGUUGAUGGUAGUGGAGAUAUCAGUAUAAUUUAAUAAAACAAUAAUGUUAUUUUAACUUUUAUGCUUAGUUCAUUCUUAAACAUUUAGGAAUUUAAUGAAUAUUUUAAUUAAGAGAAUAAAAUUAUAUUGGGAUGGGUUCAAGCAAUUAUACUAUCCUAAGGCAUAAUUAUAGAAUUAAUUUUGA